CCCCUCCCCAGCCUCCGAGUGUGUGUCAGUGACCCAGAGGCGGUGUAAGGCGGAGGGACCGUCGGGGGGCGCCGCUGCCGCCUCCACCCGCAGCACUACCAGCCUUGCGGCGCGAUCAAAUUUGUCUCGAGCUCUCUGCGGGCGCCCCACAAAGCGGCCCCGCGCUUCUCCCUCCGUCUGCGGCUCCUCAGCGCUUGGCACCGCGAUCAACUUCCCCUAGCUGGGCUUGGCCGGCUGGCAAGCAAGGCGGCGGCAGCACGCCGAGCUGUCUGCUCGCGCUCCCCGCGCACACACACUUCACCCUCUCGCUCCGAGUCUCGGGGGCCGUGUGGGAUCCCGGCCACCAGCAAUUGUCCGGAAAUAAUGCAAAAGGUGUCCCAAGGCUCCUGACCAGUGAACAAAGAUUUGAGAAUAACAGCCAAGCUCAUGUUUUCUCCUGACCAAGAAAAUCAUCCAUCUAAAGCACCAGUAAAAUAUGGUGAACUCAUUGUCUUAGGGUAUAAUGGGUCUCUCCCAAAUGGCGAUAGAGGAAGGAGGAAAAGUAGAUUUGCUUUGUUUAAAAGACCUAAGGCAAAUGGGGUGAAGCCCAGCACUGUGCAUAUUGCUUGUACUCCUCAGGCUGCAAAGGCAAUAAGUAACAAGGACCAGCAUAGCAUAUCAUAUACUUUAUCUCGGGCCCAAACAGUAGUGGUCGAAUAUACUCAUGACAGCAACACUGAUAUGUUUCAGAUUGGUCGGUCUACUGAAAGUCCCAUUGAUUUUGUGGUAACUGACACAGUUCCUGGAAGUCAAAGUAAUUCUGAUACACAGUCAGUACAAAGCACUAUAUCAAGAUUUGCCUGUAGAAUCAUAUGUGAACGGAACCCGCCCUUUAUAGCACGGAUUUAUGCUGCAGGAUUUGACUCUUCAAAAAACAUCUUUCUUGGGGAAAAGGCUGCCAAAUGGAAGACAUCAGAUGGGCAGAUGGAUGGCUUGACCACUAAUGGCGUUCUUGUGAUGCAUCCACGCAAUGGAUUCACAGAAGACUCCAAGCCUGGAAUAUGGAGAGAAAUAUCUGUGUGUGGAAAUGUAUUUAGCCUGCGUGAAACCAGAUCAGCUCAGCAGAGAGGAAAAAUGGUGGAAAUGGAAACCAAUCAGUUACAAGAUGGUUCAUUAAUUGACCUCUGUGGUGCAACAUUGCUGUGGCGUACUGCAGAAGGCCUUUCCCACACUCCCACAGUGAAGCAUUUAGAAGCUUUAAGACAGGAAAUCAAUGCAGCACGACCUCAGUGCCCUGUAGGAUUCAACACACUAGCAUUUCCUAGUAUGAAGAGGAAAGAUGUUGUAGAUGAAAAACAACCAUGGGUAUAUCUAAACUGCGGCCAUGUACAUGGCUAUCAUAACUGGGGAAACAAAGAAGAACGUGAUGGAAAAGAUCGUGAAUGUCCUAUGUGUAGGUCUGUUGGUCCCUAUGUUCCUCUGUGGCUUGGAUGUGAAGCUGGAUUUUAUGUGGACGCUGGCCCUCCAACCCAUGCGUUUAGCCCGUGUGGGCACGUUUGUUCAGAAAAGACAACUGCCCAUUGGUCCCAGAUCCCACUUCCUCAUGGUACUCAUACUUUUCAUGCAGCCUGUCCCUUUUGUGCACAUCAGUUGGCUGGUGAACAAGGCUACAUCAGACUUAUUUUCCAAGGACCUCUAGACUAACAGACAGUUGUCCUCCCAGGACUGCAUUAUAAAUUUAUAAGCUAAGUGAGUGGGUUUUCAAACCUGUUGUCCACAUCACAGUUUUUUCUGCUCUGGUCAUUUGCAUUAAGAUGAAGAAUUUUUUUAAACAUUUAUAUAAACAGUUUCAAUUUCUGAGUAAAAAUCUGGAAAACUCAAGCAAAAGAAUUUCUGAAAGUACCAGUCUUCUGAAUUCUGAGUUUUGGAAAUAUAUUUUGAGGAGAAAAAAAUAUGAAUCAUCCAUCCUCAGUAUUGAAACAUUGUUUUGUAUAACUGAGGGUACUGUUGGUUCAAACUAUGUUAGUUUACUGUUUGUUGCAAACAUUGUAAAAUACAGCAACAUGUAUAUUAACUUUUUUCUAUUUAUCUUUAUUAUAGAAAAUCUCUUAGAACGUUCUUGAUAGAGUAGCAUGGUAAUGAUGGUGUCACACUCUUGGUGUGAAUGGUAGAUUAGUGAGCACAUAGCUCAAGGAUUUGCAAAGUUAGGAAGGACAAGAGAGCCUCUCUCCUCCACCCCUCAUCUAGAUAUGGAAUUUGGUAAAUUAGAAUACUUUAUAAAACCAAAUUCAUGUUACCAUUGUGUAAGAAGUGUUUGUUUUUAACCACAUUGAAUUUAAUCGGGAAAUAUUUUUUUCCUUAAUGUUUCUCUCGAUUGUAGUACUAUAACAAAAACUUAAUGCUAAGAAACAUUUUAUAUGCUCCUUUGAAUAUGCAAUUUAAUCUAGAUUAUCUAUUUUUCUCCCAUGAUAACUAAUCUGUUUUUAGUAUCAGCAACACUUGGCAAGUUUAUUUUUUGGAUAUAAACUGUGGUUCAUCUGUUCACUGUUUCUAGAAAAAAAACCAUUCCUUUAAGAAAAAGCAUAAAUUAACAAGGAAGGAGAAUGACUUGAUUUGCUUUUAGAAAGUGAAAUGCUUAAUUAAUUAAUCAUUCUGUAUUUGGCCUUAUCCAGACAUUAGGAAAUCUGGAGAUACUAUAUAUAAAGGGUUAUAUGAAAAAAAUGACCCCUUUUUUUCUUUAUUGGCCGGGGCCAGGUUUGAACCCGCCACCUCCGGUAUAUGGGGCCAGUGCCCUACUCCUUUGAGCCACAGGCACCGCCCUGACCCCUAGUAGACCAGCCUUAAAUGUGGGCCUGAAUCCUAAGGAAAGUUGCCACAAUAGACUCCAGUUAGACAUCUGGUUGGCAGAUGAGCAAUGAUGACAGCAGAGUGAAGGGCAUGGUCUGUUUAUUCUCAUUUCAGUAAGUCCUUUGCUUUCUGAAGCAAGAACAAGUUUCUUCUCUCCUCUCACUUUUUUAAAAAUGUACCACAAGAAGCGUAUAGACAGUUGUACCACAAGAAAACUAUAGACAGUUGCACUACAUCAAACCCUUUUUUGACACUUGUAUAAACCAGUACACUUAGAUUUAGACAGAAUCGUUUUUUUAACCUUUUGUUACUUUACUUUGAAAAGUUGUAUAAUACCCAAUUGACUAUAGCAAAUUUUUGUAUGUGGUAGCAUAGCUUUAAUUUAUCUUAUUACAGUGCUGUUCCGAAUUUCCUUUUGGUUUUAAAAAAAGCAAAACUUAUUGCUUAGAAGCCAUGAACUGUUUUAUUUUACUUCAGCUGUCAAAAUUUCCUUGUUUUUAAAAAUGAUCAUUUGGGUUCACUCAGGAAAUGCAUGUCAGGAAACUUGUAUUAUAAGUUUAUUAGUUGUGAUGUAUCAGUAACUGCUGUUACCCCUUUUUCAAAGAAAUACAAUUAAUUUUGAAGUUUUCUAGAUUGUCACAUGCUUUGUGACUAAUGCAAGGAAAUCAAGUCCUGUGUUGUAUUUGUUCUAGUCAUUUCUGUUCAGGCUAUAUAUUGUAGCUUAAUUUUUAUUUGCAAUUAAUUUAUUCAAACUAAGUAAAUACUUUUCAAAAUAGAUA